AUGUUUGGGCGGGACCCGUGGGGCGGGACGCUGGAGAUCUCGAACGCGGACUCGGCGACGGACGACGACCGGAGCCGGGACCUGGACCGGGGCGCCAUGAUGCGGCACCAGCUGGACGAGACGCAGCAGAGCUGGCUGCUGGCCGGCCCGGGCGACCAGGCCGGGAAGAAGAAGAAGAAGUACGUGGACAUCGGCUGCAUGGUCAUCGACCGCAAGAUCUUCAUGUGGACCAUCGGCCUCAUCCUCGGCGUCGGCCUCUUCGUCGGCUUCGUCAUGAUGAUCGUCAAGCUCGUCCCGCACAAGAAGCCGCCGCCGCCGCCCCCCGACCAGUACACCCUCGCGCUCCACAAGGCGCUCAUGUUCUUCAACGCCCAGCGAUCUGGUCAUCUGCCCAAGCACAACGGCGUGAGCUGGAGGGGCAACUCCGGCAUGAAGGACGGCCUCUCGGACAGCACCGUCAAGAAGAGCUUGGUCGGAGGCUUCUACGACGCAGGCGACGCCAUCAAGUUCAAUUACCCCAUGGCCUGGUCCAUGACCAUGCUCAGCUGGACGGUCAUCGAGUACAGGGCCAAGUACGAGGCCAUCGGCGAGCUCGACCAUGUCAAGGAGAUCAUCAAGUGGGGCACCGACUACAUGCUCAAGACCUUCAACUCGUCCGCCGACACCAUCGACCGGAUCGUCGCCCAGGUCGGCGUGGGUGACACCUCCAAAGGCCCCAUGCCGAACGACCACUACUGCUGGAUGAGACCAGAGGACAUUGAUUACAAGAGGCCUGUCAUCGAGUGCCACUCUUGCUCGGAUCUUGCCGCUGAAAUGGCUGCCGCCCUUGCCGCAGCUUCCAUAGUGUUCAAGGACAGCAAGACGUACUCUGACAAGCUCGUCCACGGUGCCAAGGCGCUGUACAAGUUCGGUAGGCUGCAGCGCGGCCGAUACAGCCCCAAUGGCUCUGAUCAGUCGCUGUUCUACAAUUCCACCAGCUACUGGGAUGAGUUUGUGUGGGGCGGUGCGUGGAUGUACUUCGCCACGGGGAACACAUCAUACCUCACCAUCGCCACAGCUCCAGGGAUGGCGAAGCACGCGGGAGCGUUCUGGAUUGGUAGCCCAAACUAUGGAGUGUUUACCUGGGAUGACAAGCUUCCAGGAUCUCAGGUUCUUCUCAGCAGGUUGCGGCUCUUCCUAAGUCCAGGGUAUCCUUAUGAAGAAAUAUUAAGGACAUUCCACAACCAAACUGACAAUGUCAUGUGCUCCUAUUUACCAGUAUUCAAUUCAUUCAACUUCACUAAAGGAGGAUUGAUACAACUCAACCAUGGAGGGCCUCAACCACUUCAGUACGUCGUCAAUGCAGCAUUCCUUGCCUCUUUGUAUGCUGAUUACCUGGACACUGCAGAUACACCAGGGUGGUAUUGUGGACCUAAUUUCUAUACCACAGAUGUCCUCCGCAAGUUUGCAAAGUCACAGCUUGAUUAUAUUCUAGGCAAGAACCCACAAAAGAUGAGCUACGUCGUUGGUUUUGGAAAGAAGUACCCCAAGCGCGUUCAUCACAGAGGGGCAUCAAUCCCUCAUAACGGUGUCAAGUACGGAUGCAAAGGAGGUUUUAAAUGGAGGGAGUCUAAGAAAGCAAACCCUAAUAUCCUCGUCGGAGCAAUGGUUGCUGGCCCUGACAAGCAUGAUGGCUUCAAAGAUAUCCGCACAAAUUACAAUUACACAGAGCCUACUCUUGCAGCAAAUGCUGGCCUGGUUGCAGCAUUGAUUUCUCUAGCUGACAUCGAUACUGGAAGAUACUCAAUUGAUAAGAACACCAUCUUCUCAGCAGUUCCCCCAAUGUUCCCGACACCCCCACCACCGCCAUCAGCUUGGAAACCGUGA